AUGCUGUCUAAACCAGUAAUGGCAUACAGUAAUGGACUAAAACUGUAUCAAUGGGAAUGAAAGAGCUAAUUGUUUCAUGCGCUGUGUUGCAGUAACUGGUUUCGUGGUCUUUUUGAGGGCAAAAUGAUAUGUUACAGAAGAGCUAAGUUAGUAGCUUAGCGCUACCCAAAGUCUGCCUGCCUCCUCUUCAGUUACACGAGCCUGUUCCAGCUUCAUCAGUCAUCGGGGCAUUGCUGAACCAGUUGGCCCAGGCUAGCGGAAGACAGCUAUCUUUUAACCAGGUGGCUAUGGUAGAAGUUCAGCUAGACACAGACCAUGACUACCCUCGAGGUCUCCUGAUAGCUUUCAGUGCCUGUACUACUGUCCUUGUUGCAGUUCAUCUUUUUGCGCUCAUGAUAAGUACUUGCAUUCUUCCAAAUAUAGAGGCUGUUAGCAAUGUGCAUAAUCUCAACUCGGUAAAGGAAUCUCCCCAUGAGCGUAUGCAUCGGCACAUUGAGCUUGCCUGGGCAUUUUCUACUGUUAUUGGGACUUUGCUCUUUCUUGCAGAGGUGGUGUUACUGUGUUGGGUGAAGUUUCUCCCCUUAAAGAAGAACCCUCUGGAUUCGUCCCAGAACAGCAGUUCUACCAUCACAUCAGGAGAGGCAGCGGCCAUUGCGUCAACAUCUAUUAUGGUUCCUUUUGGACUGAUUUUCAUUGUGUUUGCAGUGCACUUCUACAGGUCACUGGUGAGCCAUAAAACAGACAGGCAAUUUCAAGAACUGAAUGAACUUGCUGAAUUUGCACGGCUCCAGGAUCAGCUGGAUCACAGAGGUGAUACCAUCUCCCCAGCUGUUAGCCAUUUUGCAUAAACCUGUACUUAAAGAAAAUAAACACACUGUUCUGCUUCUGUCUUGCGAUGUUGACUCCCCCAUGCAUGAACUGGCUGAACUGUGGAUUCAUUUUUAAAGAGAGAUUUAUAAAUGUUGUUCUAACUCUUUAUGGGGGAAAAAAGUGUUGUUGUCAUAACAUUAUGGAGAGCUGACAUCUGGAGGAAUGGACGGUGGGGUAUGCUUGCACUGCACGUGCCUUCCUCCUCCAGUGAGUACUGCCUAGAUUGCUUCUUGUUAAUGUUGAAUGGCGGCUACAUAAAUACAUGGAGAAUAACACUGUAAUUUUUGGUAUUUGUUAGGGAUGGAUAGAGAAGCACUCUUCCUUUCUUUAUUUGAUGUUGGCAUUUACUAGAAGAUACUGCUUGUCCGAUACACGUUGCAUGGCAUGAUACAAAUUACUUGGGAUACGCAGCAAUUAGCGCUUGGUUUCAGUGCUAGUGCUGUGCUCUCUAGAAAGCCUGACAGAUGGUAAAAGUGAAAGCUUUCCCACCACUUUCCCCAGUAUGUUUGGCUGCCAAGUAAUUAUUCCUUCACUGAUUUUUUUUUUUUCAGUGCCUUUACCAUGGCGGUUACACAUUUUAUAGCCCACUAAACGCCCAUGACUAGUCUUACUGUGAUGUGGUAUGGCCACAUGAGUUGGACUGAGACUUUACGAUACUUUUCUGUGGAAGAAAAUAAAAGCAGUAAGUGUUUCAAAGUUCUCCUGAGCUGGCAUUAUCUAAAGAUAAGAAUUGCCCGUUUUCCAUUUAGGACUCUUGUUUUAAAAAGAAGAAACUAGAUGGAAAUUAUCACUGGAUGAAUUUUUUUUUUUUUGCUUGAAAAUCAGAACCACUACUGUUUUUUCCAAGCCAAAGUGGUAACUAUUUUAUACUUUUAUAUAAAUAAAUAUUUUUUUAAAUAAAUCCUCAGAUACAAGCAGCAAAAGGCACUUUCUCUGUGUUGGAUUCCCAAGUAAUUAGGUAUGCCUUGGUCUUCCUUGUUUGGAAAGUCUUCUGCUUGCUGAAGUGUUGUAUUUAAUAACUUCUUACAUGUUUUUACUUCCAAAGGAUCUGGAGACUACUUCUCUCUAUGUAGAUUUAUUUAUAAGAGUAGGUUAUUUGUAAAUAUUACUGCUUCUUACUUUUGGAUAUAUGCAUCUUUGCUAGAGUGAGGCUACUGUGUCAACUUGUGAUUUCUUCCCGAAACAAAAACUUCCAUUUGGUCUAUUAGAUAUGAGGUUUGUCCAAGACAGAUUGCAGCGUUUGCCCUGGGCUGCUUCAGAAGUUGUGUAAUUCCAGCUUUCUCUAGAAGUGAAAUUUUUUGGAAUGCAGUUUUUCUUCUAUGGAGAAGCUGUUGGCUUUAAUGCAUACAAGCCCUUUUUGAACACACAAGCCUGAGAGAGGUUCGAAUCUAAUGGAACAAAACUUGACCCCCGGUCAUAACUCGCUGUGGAGCGUAACCUUGGGAUUUGGAGACUAGACAGGGGUGAACGUGACAGAGCAGUGGAGCUAUACCUGACUGAGCCUGGGCAGGACGCGGUCUCUUACACCCAGCCUCCAUCUCGGAUUAUGGCAGUGCGUUUACAAACUGUAGGAUGGGCUUACAGAGGAAAGACGGCAGAGUGUAGAGCGUCCUACGGAAGCACCCUGUUGCUUCCGAAUGGGGCUGGUUUCUCAUGUGAGCGCUACAGCAGCAGAAAGUGCUGACAAGACUGCCCGCAGUGCACUUUCUACUCUGAAAAGUACCUGCAAUAAAGUUGCUUGGCUGCUUUUCUUGCAGGAGUGUUUUCUGUUCACAAGCAGAAGACCACUUUCCACCUGCCAUUUUCACAAGUCCCUGUCGUACACAGAGGACAAACUGGAUUUUCUCUAGAUCUCCCAUUACAUUAUGCUCCAAGUAUAAAAAUAGUGAUAUAAAUUCUGAUGAUGAGAACUGGGGCCACCAUCCCACCGGUGUUCAUUGGGGGAACGCUGAAGGGAUUGCAUUAGUAAAGGCAUGGAUAAAGCAGCAUUUCGAAACACGCAAUCCUCGCAGUAGGCACAACGUUUACUUGUGCAUCCCUCACUGAAACGAGGCCCGUGUUGGGAAGGGGGAUUCUUAAAGGUCAGUAGAGGAAGCAAAUCUGACUCAAUGUUCACACUAGAACAAAUGGUUGAAAAGGUGCUAUCAAGCUUAAAAAUUACCCUUCUGUCUGUAAAUUAUAUACCUGCGUUGUAAAUUUAUUAUGACUAGAAGUCCAGAAAAUAUAUUUUCCUAGCUUAUUUUGUAAAAUUACUUGCCGUCCUGGAUAGGUAGCUGAUAUUAUUUUGUGGAUCUUUUACAAAGUGACGAGAACUGGGGAUUUUUGGUUUGGAAAAUAGGGGAUUACAAGCUAGUGGGGCGACCUUAUUUUUAACUUUUUAAAGCUGGUAGGUUCCGAGCUAAUGGGGCUGUUAAUACAGCUGCUUUUCUGUCUAUUUUCUGCACUUAAGCUCUAGUGUUGAGAAUAUUUUCCAGCUGUGGAAAUGGUCAUGGAAGUUACACUUUGGGCACAGUCUCAUAACUAAGAUAGAGCCAGUAACCAGGACCAGAAAGCGUGGCGGUAAACAUUAGGAGUGCGUUUGGAGUGGUGGUUCUUUUGUUUUUCCCCUCUUUUAAAUCCCUUAUUUAUACUAAUGGUAUUAAGCGUUUACCUCAAGCAUUUUAAACUUGG